GACAAAACUCUAUACCCUCUAUAUCAUUUAUUGUUUAAUACUGGCUGUACUAGCCCCUAUCUCAACCAACAUGAGCUACACACCAAGCACAAGUACAAGCAAAAGCCCAAGCACUAGCACCAGCGCUGCCACAAGUGCUGCCACAAGUGCUGCUACGAGCGCAAAUGUCAGCCGAGUCACCUCACUUGAGCACCAUGACGGCGCUCACGCCAUGAGCGACCUGAGCAAGAAGUCUCACUUCGCCAAAUUGAAGAAGCGACUCGCCGCCGUUAAGAAGGAAUGGGGCCCCGGCCUCGCGGCGAAGGAGUGUUGGGACGACGUGUAUAACUUCCCCUCUGGGCGAUGGGCCGGGCAGGGGCUGGACCCGAGGUCCCUGAUCUAGAUGUCGAUUCCUAGGUCUGAUCUGGUUCUUUACCAAGUGCGCACCACUGAUGGCUCUGGAUAACCGGACACGCAAAAAUACCAAGGGCGUCCGCUUGACAAACCCUAAGCUGCGCGAU